CUGGAUAUAAGUCGGAAGUUGCGGCGGAUUUCAAAUACCGAGAGACGUGGCCUCGGAAGUUAUGUCAGCAGAAUUUGCAAGCUCGGAAGUAGGAACCAAUUAAAUCUCUUCUUUCUUUUCACAUGCCUUCAAUCUCUGUUAGUGCGGAAACUUGAGCAGCUUCUUGUCGGACCUUUCAACCAAUUACAACUAUGGAAAGUGACUUACUCUACUCCCGAACGACUUGCGAAACAUUGAAUACUGUAGGAAAAUGGAACCAAAUACGUAAAAUUAUCUAGCAAGGUCUUCCGGAGGUUUUUUUUUGUAUGUUCGGGUAGCAAUGGGCAAAGAUGGGGUUGCUAGAACAUAUAAGGGGACCUGAGCAGUUCAAUGACAGUCUGACUGAACAGGACUGCACAGACAAGACCACAACCAUUCGAACGAAACAUAUAAGCAGACUUCAUACGCGAAGUACACUCGAGGACUAUAAUGGACGCACGUCCUUUUCAAUACACGAACGAAGAAGAUGGGGACCGGAAACAAGAAUCCACGACGGCAAGGGAUGUUGAGAUGAGCGGCGACACUUCCGAUGGCUCGUCUUUGAAAGAAACAACGGAGGAUUUGCUGGACGCUACGACAUUGUCGCCUAUGCGCAAACUGCACAUUGUCGUAGCCGGCUUUACCUGCACAUUCAAUGGGAAUCUCGGAUCAUCCAUGCCCUCAGGCGCACUUGACGCCAUUAGCGAGCAAUUCGGAGUUACGGACCGCGUCCACCUGAUUCUUCUCAACUCACUAUUCAUGUGCGGAUAUGUGCUUGGACCUUUGUUAUUUGGGCCAUUGAGCGAGUACAUCGGCAGACGACCGGUGCUCAUCGGGACAUACUGCGGAUACAUCAUCUUCAUGCUGGCCUGUUCUGGAGCACCAACCUACCCAGUAUUGCUGCUCUUCCGUCUUCUUUGCGGCAUCAACGCGGCAGCACCAACAACUGUCAUUGGUGGACUUUACGCCGACAUCCUCGAUAACCCCGCGGUUCGAGGAAACGCCAUGGCACUUUACAUGACAGUCACAACCAUCGGCCCGCUCAUCGGGCCCAUUGUUUCGGGCUUCUCGUCCCCGAUGUCCUGGCGAUGGCCUUUUUGGAUCGCUGGUAUUCUCGGAGUAUGCGGACUACCUCUCGUACUUACUCUGCCGGAGACGUACGCGCCUAUUUUACACAACAACGCAGUCAAGAGGCAGCUGAAGCGAAAGAAGGGUGCGGUUGAUGGCAAACAGCAACAACAAUUGCAACUGCAGCCCUUCAACGUACGAAAGAUCUUCCUCCGGCCCAUGAAGCUCCUGUUUACCGAGCCAAUACUCAUGGCAACAUCUGCGUAUCUGACGAUGGCGUACUCUGUGUUUUACCUGCUGUUCCAAGCUUACCCAGUUAUUUUCAAAGACUUCUACGGCAUGUCUCCCGGGAUGGCCGGACUCGCGUUCCUACCUGUGGUCCUUGGAGUUUUCUUUGCCCUUGCCAUCUUCUCCGCAUGGACACAUUAUCAUGACAAGCAAUUCAAGGCCGGGGUUGAGUGGGCCCUGAAGCCUAUCAAUCGCAGAUUGCCUCUUGCAUGUAUUGCCGCUCCACAAAUGGUCAUCGCUUUGUUCUGGCUUGGCUGGACCGUAUGGCCGUCCACGUCCCCUGUCUUGCCCAUGUUCAGCGGCGUACUUUUCGGCUGCGGAUUCAAUUUGCUCUUCAUGGGCAUGAUCAACUACCUCACAGACGUCUUCCGGCAAUAUUCUGCAUCAGCACAUGCAGCGGCCAGCAUGACACGCUCAAUCGGAGCCAUCACCCUGCCUCUGGCGGCAGGCAAGAUGUAUGGCAACCUUGGAGUUCAUUGGGCUCCAUCAGUUCUGGGCUUCAUUGCCUUAGCCAUGGGAGUGAUCCCAUUCAUCUUUAUCAGAUUCGGCGAUAGCCUCGCUCGGAGCAGCAAGACAGCACGAGAGGCGUUUGCUAUUGCACACUGAGAUGAAUAAAUAACGAGCAUAUGACUAAAGAGUAGUAAUGAUUAGACAUAGACAAUAGACAUAAUAUUUAUUCCAGAGUCUGAGGGCCCC